GUUCAACAAACCUUUGGUUUUCUUCAUGCCCAUGACUCUCUUUUUUCAGGAAACCUUCCUACCCCAUUUUCUACUUAUCCAAACUCAAUUCUCUUCAAUUUUCUUGUCAAGAAACUGUAGGGAAAAACGAUGAUGAGGGGGGAGAAUCAUAUGAUGUUGGUACUCUUUUGUUUGAUUGUUUUCUCUCAUUUUCUUCCCUUAGUGAACUCAAAUCCUCAACUCGCACCAGCUUUUUAUGUCUUUGGGGAUUCUUUGCUGGACAGUGGCAACAACAAUCUGUUGCCAACUUUAGCUAGGGCAAACUUCAAGCCUUACGGUGUUGAUUUCCCCGGAGGAGCUACCGGGAGAUUCACCAAUGGUAGAACUGUUGCUGAUUUUUUAGCUGAGUUUCUUGGGCUGCCAUUGUCUCCGCCGUACUUGAGUUUCCGGCGAUUGGAAACGUCGACGGGAUUGAAUUAUGCAUCUAGCACUUGCGGCAUUCUUCCGGAAACUGGAACCUCUGCUGGAAAAUGCUUGAAUUUGGAUGAGCAAAUUGAUUUGUUUGAAAAAACAGUUAGAGAGGAUUUACCAAAGCUCUUCAAAAACACAGAAGGGCUAUUAGAGUACUUGUCAAAGUCAAUCUUUCUCAUAGCUACAGGGUCUAACGACUACAGCGGCAACUACCUCCAACCCAAUAGCUAUUCAAGCAGACUUUACUCUCCUCUCUCCUUUGCCCAACUUCUCACACAAUCUCUAUCCCAAAAACUUGAGAGACUAUACAAAUUAGGAGCCAGAAAAGUAAUAACAUUUGAAAUAGGACCAAUUGGGUGUCAACCAUCAAUUUCAAGGCAAUAUAUGCACAAAUAUGGACAGUGUGUUGAAGAGAUCAACAACCUUGUUUCAUUAUUCAAUGAUCAACUUGCUACUGUGCUAUCCAAAUUGACAUCUACUCUCCCUGGCUCGGCUUUCAUCCUUGGCCAUGAUUACGGGCUCACCUAUGACGCUAUCAGAAAUCCCUCUACCUAUGGGCUAACAGACACAAGUGAUCCAUGCUGCACAACCUGGUUAAAUGGGACAUCAGCAUGCAUCCCUGAGAUAGCACCAUGCGCCAACCCAAAUGAACACUUCUUCUGGGAUGGUUUUCAUCCUACUGAAGCUGUGUAUUCAGUCAUUGCAUCACAGUGUUUCAAUGGUGACUCUGUUUGCAUUCCAACAAAUCUCAAAAUGCUCACACAAAUUUGAAGAUAUAUAUAUAUAUAUAUAGUAUUUGUAAUCCAUUUGGUAAACAAGGUGUGAAAUAAAAAUGGUAAGAAUAUGAUUUUUCUUUGUUCUUUUUUCAUUUAGGUGAGGAAAGAAAAAUAAUAAUUGUAUUUUUUUUUUUUCUUUGGGAUGAACAAUUAAGAAAAGUGGAUGUAUGUGUUAUUUUUAUUUUCAAUGUAUUGUAGUUAGAUGGGCAA